AUUGGUGAGCAACUCCCUCGGAGUCCAUUCAAGUGUGAGAAAUCAGUGGAAAACAGAGCAAACCCAUCUCUUCUCUCCUCUCUUCUUCUCUUCCUCUUCUAUAACCACCAUAGCCGAAAUAGCAGUAGAAGGAGACCUAGUGACCGACACCGACUGGACUGGUUGGGUUAUUCAGAGUUUUUGGUGUUCAAUUGAGAGAAAGACAUGGGAAAAGCAAAGAAAAGCCCUAAAUUCGCAGUCAUGAAGAAGAUGGUCACCUCUAAAGCAAUUAAGCAAUAUAAAGAAGACGUUUUGAACCCUAACAAGAAAGAUUUGCAGAAGGAAAAGCUCCCACGAAACAUACCGAAUGUUUCUUCUGCUCUUUUCUUCAAGUACAACACUGCACUCGGACCACCUUACCGGGUUUUGGUCGAUACCAACUUCAUCAAUUUCUCCAUCCAGAAUAAAUUGGAUUUGGAGAAAGGAAUGAUGGAUUGCCUAUACGCGAAAUGUACUCCUUGUAUCACUGAUUGCGUGAUGGCAGAGCUUGAAAAGUUAGGUCAGAAAUACCGAGUUGCUUUGAGGAUUGCAAAGGAUCCUCGAUUUGAAAGACUUCCUUGUAUUCAUAAAGGAACAUAUGCUGAUGACUGUAUCGUUGAUAGAGUUACACAGCAUAAGUGCUAUAUUGUUGCAACAUGUGAUCGAGACCUGAAGCGAAGGAUCCGCAAGGUCCCUGGAGUGCCGAUUAUGUACAUUACUCGACACAAGUAUUCAAUCGAGCGGUUGCCUGAAGCAACUAUUGGUGGAGCUCCAAGAAUUUAAUACCAUGAGUGCAUUAGUGUGAUUUGCAGCAAGGGAAAGCUUUUAUGUGGCCCUCUUGUGCUGAUUAUUAGGGUUCCUAACUCGAUGCCCUUGUAACAAUUUUGUGGUGGUUAUGGAAGCCCCUGAAGCUGAUAUGACUAGUUACAUCUCCCAUUGUGCUCCCAAUGGGAGAUGUAACUUAUUUGCAAAUUUAAUUCUGACUUAUUUUUCUGGUGUCUCAAAAGUGUUCCUAUAACCUUUCAUCUAUAUGAGGUAUAGUGAUCUCUCGGUGGUGUUGCAAGUCUGUAAAAUUUUCCUAUUGUUAUUAAGAACCUUGGCUUUUAGCGGUUAA